AUGGCGACACUCACGGAAUCCGACAAGACCCAGCUUAGAACCUGGAUCAACACUACAAAACAUCUAAAAAGAAUCUAUAAAGCCACUAUAGAUGGUCUGUCAGCAGAUGUAUUUCAUAAGAAAUGUGACAAUAAAGGAGCUACUGUAACAAUCUGUUGGAAUACUGAUGGUUGUGUUUUUGGUGGAUAUACCGCAAUAGAUUGGAAGAGCACCAACACCAUAGUCCAAGAUACAUCAGCGUUUAUUUUCACCUUGUAUGGUACAAAUAAGACUACAUAUACUAAUAUGUGGGUUCAAAGCUCUCUACGCUCCCAAAUACAAAUCUAUCAGUAUCCAACGCAGGGACCAUCGUUUGGAAUAUUCGUGUGCUUCAAGGACCCUACUAGUAAAACCAAUGGAGUGUUUCAGUCUAAUGGUGCUUAUAAUUCAGACUAUGUCUCCCCAGCCACUUAUUGUAAUAAUAAUUUUAAUUACAGAGAAGUCGAAGUUUAUCAGAUAGUAGAUAAAUUAGAUGUUGUAGACGAACCAUGGCGACAAGAAAUUCAAGAAAAAACUGCCACAAUCAAGAAAACUGUAGAAGAUUAUAAACCAAUACAAGGAGGCGAUGUUGACCAAUGUAGAAUUCUAAUGGUUGGGUGUGUAGGCGCCGGUAAAUCAAGUUAUUUCAAUACCAUCAAUUCUGUAUUCAGAGGUCACGUGACCAGUCAAGCUGCUGCCGGAAGUGCUGAACAUAGUUUAACCACCAAGUUCAGAAGUUACCAAAUAAGAAAUGGGUCGAAAUAUUUGAAAGUAAGAUUAUGUGAUACACGAGGUCUGGAGGAGUCCCAAGGGGUAGAUCCUGAAGAUAUUACUGCUAUGUUAGAUGGACACAUGCCGAAUAAAUAUUCAGUAGGUUAUUUAUCUGUAUAUUUAAAUGAUAAAAUACAUUGUUCAGCGUUUAUUAUUGAUGGAACUUCAGUCGACGUUAUGAAUGAAUCUAUUUUAACUCAGUUUAAAAUGAUACAGAAAUUAGCCAAUCAGAGAGGAAUACCUCAAGUCAUUAUUUUAACAAAAGUUGACGAGAUUUCUCAAGAAGUGAAAGAAAAUUUGUCUAAGUUAUUUUAUUCUCGUGAAGUUGCCGAGGUGGUAGAUAAAGUUUCCCAGUUAAUAGGGCUACCAAGAGGCCAUGUUUUACCAGUUAAAAAUUACGAGAAGGAAACAGAAUUAAACGAAACGGUGGAUAGAUACGCUCUACUUUCACUUCAACAAAUGCUACGAUUUGCUGACGAUUGUUUGUAUGAUCUAUUAGACGAUUAA